AUGACAUGGACAUUUCAAGUUCUUUAUCCCAACAAAUUCUCCUGGGUCUGGGGCAAUCCCACGGACAGCCUCCAUCAUAAAAGUAGUACAAUCCUUAGUGAUUGCUGGACUGGACAUGUAUCCACAUGGCCUGCAUAUGGAGCUGGACACAACAUCUUACAGAAACGUAAACCCUGCUCAGCGCCUGACAUCAAGUAUUACAGGUCUGCUGAGCAAUCAGCGAAAGUUGUGUCCAAACCACGUUACCUUGAGCAGCUGGAGACCUACUUGAAAAGGGAGCUGCAAUCUCUCAACUUAACUGGGGUAAAAGCCCAAGAACUACGACUGCAGCCUUUUAGGGAGGUCUUUGAAUAUUUCAUAGAGGAUUUUAAGACCUACAAACCUUUGUUGUCUGCUAUUAAAAAUGAAUAUGAAGUGACCCUGGCUCACCAGCGAGAGCAGAUUCGGGAGCUGGAGCCUCUUAAAGCUUUGCUGGUGACAGUAUCAGAGCACUGCGACCAGAAGAUUCAGGCCAUGCACGAAGAAGAGAGGCUUGAGAUAAAGACUCUUAAACAUGAAAAGCUCAGUUUAAUGAAGAUGAUUGAAAAAAUGAAUGAGGACAAAUACUCCCUGCAAGCACAAGUAUCCAAAUUGCAAGAAGAGUUGGCGGAGGCGUAUUUGCAGUAUAGGAAUGAGUGUGAUGCACGUAAACUGCUUAUUUCUGAUAUAAAUGAGCUGAGAUAUCAACAGGAAGAUAUGAAAUCCUCUCACAUUCAUGAUAAACAUGGGGACGAUCCUGUGACUUUAGCAAUAGCGCUUAAGGUGGCUCGGAAGGAUCUUGCACAAACUCAGAUUGAACUGAACACAAUGAAAGCUGACUAUGGAAAUGUGGUACCAAGGAGAGACUUUGAGAACCAAGAAAAGAAACUCUCGGAGCUUUUGCAAAAGAUAGAUGUGUUGCAGAAAGAUAUGUGCCAACUGCACAAAGAACACAAGUCCCUUCUGGAAAUUAAUCAGCAGGUCUUGGCCCAGCGUGAUGCAGCCUGCGCAGAACUGGAAGAAUUGCAGCUUAAUAGCACCCCUCGUCCAGCGUGGGAAAAGUGCACAGAUGUCCUUCCUGGAGUCUUUGAACGUUUGUUGUCACAGCCUGAAAGAAAGAGCAGUGAUCAGUUGGUGAACAUUCUGCUCACUGAGAUGGGUACCAGAUUGCUUAAGGACAAGGAGUUCUUCAUUGGAAUGGGGAAAGGGGACACUUUGCCUGCACAUUUACAACAUGAAGGACCAAUUAAAAAUGUAAAGUUAAGUGCAAAGGAGGUGUCGGUUUUAUUGAGAGAUGUAUGGAAAGAGAAAAUAGCAUCUGAUGAGCAGAGAGGCAAGCAGUCCUCACUGCCGGAGUUCUUCAUAGACUACUUGCAGAAAAGGUUUGGCGAUGCGGCCGUUGAGUGGUCAUAUAGUGUGCAUGAGAGUUGUCGAGUAUACAUCACAAAUGAAUCAAUGCAUCUAUUCUACAAAAUAUUGAUGGGUCAGGUGGAUGAAGACCAGUACCAUGCUCUCACUAAUAUUCAGUCCUCACUGCUUAACGAAUUGGUCAGUGCCGACAGUGGCAAUGAUGGUCUACUGACACAAAAGCAAUUCAGUGCCCAGCUGAGAAACACGUUUCCCCUGAAAAGCAUGGAUGAAAUUCAAGAUCUUCUGGAUAUCGCAGAUUCUCAGCUCUUAACCGAAGGCAACAACAUUCCCUAUAAGUCUCUAUUCACUGAGGAUGAGGAGGGCAGACCCGGACCAUUCAUAGCUGCACUGUGGAACCAGUUUGCUGCUGAGAAAAAGCAAUAUUUAAAACAGCUAAAGAAUAAGCUAGGAAACAGAGAUAUCAAACCUGAAGAUCUGAGGAUGUCGUUUCUUGCAGUUGAUCCAACCAUUGAUAGCCAAACCCUUGACAGAUACAUAUCCCGAGGGUUCCUAGCGCCAACUGACCAGUUUGAGCAGAUUGGAUCAAUGGCCAUAAAACAGGUCUUCCAAAACCUAGAGGCUGGAAAUAUCUACAGGAUGGGACCAGCAACAAGUGUAUAACAAGGCACAAAAACAGUGAAGCAAAUACUGAGAGAUUAUUUUGUACUGAAGCAUAAAAGAUAACAUGAAGUUUACAAAGCUAAGAGUUAAAAUGUAGUAUUACUGAUAUAUUGACAUUUGCAAGGAAAAUGUAGUUUAUAAAGUAAUUUUAAACUUUUUAUUGAACAUGCAAAGAAGAAACAGAGACAACAAAUUAAAGAAUAAGCAACAUUCUGUUUUAGAAUACAAUAUGUAGAUAAGAUCAAACAUGACACAUUGGUACUGAAAUUAUGUGAUAGAUACUUAUUCUCUGCCAACCGACAUAGUUACUGAAAACUGGAUCUGGAAAGCAGAAAGAGGCCGUUGGUCAAAUCAUCUUACUCAUGGAACAUUUAUACUCUAAAAGUCUCAGUGUUAUGAGGAGCAAAAGAUAAGCACAAUGUAAAAUGUGCAUUGGCUAUAUCAGUAAGGUUUUUUUUCUGGUAAAAAAGUCAUGGGUGGUAGGGUAAAUGAGAAUAUUGAGUGUAAGUGAAGAGCCCUCCAACCUCCAUAUAAUGGUCAGCUUGAAUAAAAUUUGUGUCCGUGGAUAGGAGGUGGUGAUAAGUCGCAGGUGUUCUGAGUUGUGUGCUUAGGCAGUUGUGGGAUGUGACAGGGCUUAGUCAUUUUUACCUUUUUACCCUCCUCCUCAGCUCAAAGGGGGUGCAAAAUAAAAGUUUGGGGGUGCUUUUCACCAUUUUCUCCCCUCUAGAAACAACUCUGGGCUAGAUUCAAAGAGAGACUAAAACAAGGAUUAUGGGACUAAUACAGAUAUGUCAUCUGAGACUGCUCUUCCUCCUAUAACUAUUUACAUAUUGAGCUCAAUAAAUAUUUACAAUCUGA